UCGCCACCUGAACCCCGAUCAUUCUCACCGACCACAUCCUCAUCGUCUCCAACCUCGGCGAAACCCUAGCCACACCGGAAGCCGGAGCAAGCCGAGAUGUCUCGCACGGGACCGAUCGCUCAGGACUGGGAGCCGGUGGUCGUGCGCAAGAAGCUGCCCAACGCCGCCGCCAAGAAGGACGAGAAGGCCGUCAACGCCGCCCGCCGCGCCGGCGUCGACAUCGACAUCGCCAAGAAACAUAAUGCUGGGACCAACAAAGCUGCUCAUAGCACCACAUCGCUCAAUACAAAGAGGCUUGAUGAUGAUACAGAGAAUCUUGCUCAUGAGCGUGUGCCGUCAGACCUGAAGAAGAGCAUUAUGCAGGCUAGAACAGACAAGAAGCUCACACAGGCACAGCUUGCACAGCUGAUCAAUGAGAAGCCACAAGUCAUCCAGGAGUACGAGUCAGGCAAAGCUAUCCCAAACCAACAGAUCAUCGGCAAGCUGGAAAGGGCUCUUGGCACAAAGCUGCGAGGCAAGAAGUGAAGCGGCUUGCAUCUGACAGGAGUCGAGGCUUUCAAGAGAGCUUGGCUGGGCAAGUUUACCGCUAAAUAAAGCCUGUCCACUAAAUCAUGCGACUUAAGAAAACCCUGGAGUUUGGUAUUUUGCUCAGGUUUGGGUGAAUGUAAUUAUUAGCUUCUGUGAACAACUCUGUAUGUGGGUUUCGUUUUGUCAGUGUGUCUUGGCCAAUGUGAACUGUCUGAAUGCCUGAACCAUUACUUGUCUCUGUUACCAAAUGUCUCUGCAUUAUUAGCACUUCA